GAACGAACAUUAUUAAUUGAUGAAUCGGUUGACGACAUAGUGGGAAGGAAACGACCAUUACUCAUUGGAUCGGUUGAUGACGUGGAGAACUUUCAUGACCUUUACGAAGAUAUUGAAGAAUCGAAAAAUAAUAAGGUGAAAAAGAAUGUUAUAUCUGACUAUUUCACGCCUGUUAUUGUCGACGUGGAUUCUGAGGUCUCUUCCGUCGAUCAACCGCAAAGUAAAUAA